UCAUGUCAAGUCAAAUGUCAAUAUUUUUACUUUCGAGGUUUUAAUUUUUAGAAUUUUUUACAAAAUUUGUUUUUUGUUCAAUUAUAAUUUUUAUUUUAUGUCGGCAAGUAAAAAGACUACAAUUACAAAUGCUGCUUUAGCCACAAUCGGUGUAGGCAUAGCAUUUGCUAUUAUUAAAAAUCGACACAAAAUUAUUCAACAAUUAAAAUAUGCGUACAAUUUUCGUAAUCCAUUGCGGCACAAGCAUAUCGAAGUAAUAGAAACAACAGACGAUUGCCAAAGAAUCGUAGCAACUCUUAAAAAGCACUGCCAUGAAUACAGAGUUUUGGGAUUUGACUGUGAAUGGGUCACAGUCGGUGGCAAACGCCGACCCACUGCCAUGCUCCAGUUGGCAUCACACAAAGGUCUAUGUGCCUUGAUACGCCUCUGUAGUUUAAAAACAAUUCCAAUGAGUUUGAGAGAACUUCUGGAAGAUGACAAAGUCAUUAAAGUUGGCAUUGGUGCACAUGACGAUGCUGGGAAGUUGUCUUUUGAUUAUGGAGUUGGCGUUGCGAGUACCUUUGAUUUAAGGUACUUGGCCGUCUUAACUAAUCAGAAAUCUGAAGGUUUGGCAAAAAUGUCCAAAUCAAUAUUAAAUGUUCCACUGGACAAGAAUUGGAGAUUAGUUUGUUCGGACUGGGAAGCUAAUAAUCUUACAACAGCUCAGAUAGAAUAUGCAGCCAAAGAUGCUAUGGUUGCAGUGGAAAUAUUCAAAACGUUGUCUGAUGUUUUGAAAAAGAGACGAUUUUGGCAAAGUUAUAGUUCAAAUUUGGAAUAUGUGCUCGAAGAAAUCGAUGCAUUUGUAGAUGUUCGAUUCAAAGAUAGCUUCAAUAAACUUAAUGCUUUAGCUGGGAAUACCUCUAAUAGUAAAAAAUCCGCCCAUAUUGCUCUAAAAAAACCAAUUAGUAGAGGGAUCAGUACAAGGUCGAAAACAUUGUAUGACAAUUGUUUGUUGGAAGCACCAGAUGGUGAACUACUUUGUACUUGCGAUCGGAAAAAAGCUCAAUGGUAUGUCGAUCAAAAUCUAGCCCAAGAAGUCAGCUCAAACCCAUACACAGUACGCUUAAACUUUGAACCUGCUGGUCGGGCUGUUGGUGAAGUUGGGCGUUACUAUCAAACACCAAAAGAAAAUCAAUGUGUUGUGUGCGGUCGAAAAGAUGCUUACAUUAGAAAAAACGUUGUACCUAGAGAAUAUAGAAAACAUUUUCCAGUGGUUAUGAAGUCACAUACCUCUCAUGAUGUUUUGCUUCUAUGUCCACAAUGUCAUCAAAAAAGUAACAUAUCCGAUUUAAAAAUUCGUACAAAAUUAGGUAAACUUUGCAAUGCACCAUAUUUAAAUGAAGAAGGAGCACCAAAACUAGUUGAAAUUCCUGAAUUAAGACAACUUCGAUCUGCUGCAAGAGCCUUGAUGUAUAACAGCGAUCGUAUACCUCAAUGGCGCAAAGAAGAAUUAGAGAAAAUCAUUCUCAAAAACUAUAGUGGUGCUGAACAAGUAACUCCUGAAAUGUUGGAAGAAUGUAUCAAUAAAGAUAUUACAGAAAGUUUUAGUGACUACACACCACAUGGCUCAAAAGUUGUUCAAGAAUAUCAAGAAAAAUUUGGCGGUCUUAUUGAAUUGGAAAAACUUUGGCGAGAACAUUUCUUAAAUACAAUGCAACCGAAAUAUCUACCUAACCUCUGGAAUGUUAAUCACAAUGCAAAUAGAUUAGAGAUUCGUGCAAAUGAAGGAAGAAUCGAAAAGGAUGAUAUGGUUAUUGCCGGUCUUGAUCCAUCGACUCUAGCCGAAGUCACUAAAUAAACGAAAUUUAUUUUUAUAUAGAGAAAUGAAAUAGAUUUUUUUUUAUAUUUACAAAACGAUAAAGUUUGUAUAAAUUUAUUUUUUUUUUAUA